GCUAGGGCUCUGCCGGGAUUCAGAGGAGGGUCUCAGGGUCCGGAAGCUAGGAAAGCUGUCUUCAUUUCUUAGACAAACUUGUAAAUGCCCUCUCCCUUGAAGAGAAACUUCAUGGGGACCAGGGUGUUCCGUUGCCACUGGGGAUUCUGAGAGGGCAGAUUACAAGAGGUCUGUCCAAGUGAGGAGGCAGGUCCUGGUCAGUGAGGAGUCAGGAUUCUAGUGAGAGAGAAGACCCCAGUGAAGACGGGCACCAUGGCGGCGAGGAAACAGUUCUGAAGGCAGGUGCACGGAUUCCAAGGUGUAGCAGAAGUGCUGGGAUUGAAGGAAGCCCCCGGCUCAGAGGUAAGGAAGAUCAUGCUGAGAUGGAGGGCAGCUGGAGAGAUGUCCUGGCUGUGCUGGUCAUCCUGGCUCAGUUGACAGUUUCCGGAUCCAGUUAUCAGAUCAUAGAAGGUCCUCGGAAUGUAACAGCCCUAAAGGGCUCGGAGGCUCGCUUCAACUGCACUGUGACUCAUGGCUGGAAGCUUAUCAUGUGGGCUCUCAACGGUAUCGUGGAGCUGAGUCUCACCUCCCAGAAACCCAUCAUCACCAGCAACCGCUUCACCUCUGCCAGCUACAACAGUACUGACAGCUUCAUCUCUGAGAUGAUCAUCCACAAUGUACAGCUCAACGACUCGGGGCCCGUGCAAUGUAGCCUGCAGAACAGCAAUGUGUUUGGAUUCGCCUUUCUCUCGGUGCAAGUCAUGGGGACUCUGAACAUUCCUAGCAGCAACCUUAUAGUCACUGAGGGUGAGCCCUGUAACGUGACUUGCUAUGCCGUGGGCUGGACCCCACUCCCGAAUAUUUCCUGGGAGCUUGAGGUUCCUGUAAGUCAUUCAAGCUACUAUUCCUUUCUGGAGCCGGGCAACUCUCUGAGGGUCUUGAGUGUCCUGGAUCUCACACCACUGGGCAACGGGACCUUGACUUGUGUGGCAGAGAUGAAGGACUUGCAGGCCAGCGAGUCCUUAACUGUCAACCUGACUGUGGUUCAGCCUCCACCGGACAGUAUUGGCGGGGAAGGCCAAGCGCUGCCAACCUGGGCCAUCAUCCUCCUGGCAGUGGCCUUUUCCUUACUCUUGAUCCUGAUCAUUGCUCUGAUUAUAAUAUUCUGUUGCUGUUGUGUCUCCAGGAGAGAAAAGGAAGAAUCUACUUAUCAAAAUGAAAUAAGGAAAUCUGCAAAUGUGAGGACAGGCAAAGCAGAUCCCGAGACAUGGUUAAAAAGUGGGAAGGAAAACUAUGGGUACAAAUCGGAUGAAGCAAGGGCUGCACAAAUUGCUUCUCUCCCUCCUAAAUCUGGUGAAGUUAGCCUUCCAGAACAACGCAGUAGCCUUCCUCAACAGGAACUUGAUAAACAUCGGCCCAGCCCAGUGACUCAUCCACGAGUUUCCUUUGACAUCGCCAGUCCUCAGAAGAUCAGAAAUGUGACUAUAGUGUAAUAAUAAAGACUUCUCAUGGCUGUGCUUGGUGUACACACACCGGGUCAAUAUCAUUCUCUUCUGUAUCCUGAGACCGCAUCUCAGCUUUGCCAAAGAGGCCGCAUCAGAGUCACCAGAGCUGGUGUUUUAUAGCAACAGGAGGAGUUGGUUUUCCUCCUUCCAAGAAGAAUUUGAUCUUGAGGUGUAUCAUGGUUUUGGUGAAUUCCUUAAGGUGACCGAGUAAAACAUGAGGGUCUGUCAUGGUGACAUUCCUCAUGACUUGACACUCCUGCUAACCCAGCGAAAGGCAGAUAUAGAUCCUGCCACGACCUUCAGAAUGCUUCUGUUUUCUGAGAUCGUGGUAAUAUGGUCUUUAUGUGUGUUUCACAGCGAGGGACAUCACUGAACCUUAUUACAGAACCAAGAGCCUAACAACUAGCAUCAACUGUGUCUUGUAAGUAACUGGCCCCUGGAGCUCAGGAAUGCAACAAGAGGAGAAGCAACGCACAUGUCCGGAUGCUUUCCAGAAGACAGUCUUUCGCAUACGCUCCCUUGUCCUUGUCACCAUGGUUUUGGGUGAAUUAGGUGUUGGAUUCUGCCUGAUGAGGGACAAAGCUCAUGUUCCGCCAGCAUCAUGAACGAACGGGGAAGAGAUAUAUACUAUUUAAUAAACAAUCAAAAAGCCAA